AGUUAAUACGAUGGUUUAUCUUUAGAGGAAGUUACUACCAUUGAUAUAAAACAGUAGAUUUGACAUAAUUCCAUUAAGUGUUGGCAUAACAGUCCAUCUAUUGGUCUUUAUCCUUGGUUAUUACACUCUCAGCGGCGAUAUUUAAACUUAAGGAAGGGUAAACGGGCGGAGGCGGAGCCCCGGAGUUCGCAACCCAGCGCCGCCUGACGGGCUCCUCGGUCCGGGUUCCUGAGCGUUAGUCAGGGCGGGCAACAGGCAGCAGGUGCUGCUUUAAGUCCGCUAAGAAGCCACUAGUCCAAUUAACCCAGAGAGAGGAGGUGGAAACCCACGCAUGUAGGCUGUUAAACUAACUAACUCGACGAUGGAUGUGGCUUAUGAAGAUGACGACCGGACACGACAGCCCGCCAUAACGACCACAACAGGUUGAACCAGAAGCGACGCGGCGCGUCGCCAGCGAGAUGCUGGUGUAGUUGAACGGUAGCUGCUUGUUGUAGUAGUAGUCGCGAUUUUGAGCUCGCACAUUUAAGCCCUUUAUAAGCUGCUGGAGAGUAUCUGGUGCAGGCCUGUCUGCCUGUCUGUCUGGCUGUCUGGCUGCCUGUCUGUCAUUCGGCCACAGUUUCCUUGUGAAGGUGGAGAAGGUAACAUGGAAACCUACACUGAUGUGCUGCUUGUCACCGCGAACGUCGGCUCGCUCUUUGACAAUGUGGGUGAAAUUCAAAAUGAAUGGCUACAAGAAUUGUAUCAGACUAUCCGCAGCCACAGGCCGAUGUUCAUCGCCCUGCAUCUGCAGGAGGUCGGAGGGAAGGACUACAUGCUCAACAUGGGCCACACCGACAACUUCUUCAGGAGCAUCGAGUCCAGUGAGGAGAUGAAGGACUUUGACAGAGUGUGCGUCUACGUGGACAACCAGUUCCAGGCCGAAGACAGCUUCACGGCUUUGGGGAGCAUGUACUUCAUCAACAAGUCCCUGAAAAACAUCUAUCAGUAUGAUUUUAAUGUUAAGGAUUUUAAGGUGGUGUCGGGACAGAAGAAGCACAUGGGCUCUCUGGACGGGGUCGCCACUGUGGAGAAAGAAAAAUUCCCGAAGAAUUUCUGGCCCGACUUCAAGUGGUCCAGGAAGGGCUUCAUGAGGACCCGCUGGAUCAUACACAACCAAGGUCUGGACCUGGUUAACAUCCACCUGUUCCACGAUGCCUCCAACCUCAUUGCCUGCAACGCCAGUCCUUCCAUUUACUCCGCCAACCGCAAAAACGCCCUCCGAUACGUCAUCAACAGGAUAUCAGACAGCCGUUACACUCCUCUGCCUUUCCUCCUGUUUGGAGACUUCAACUUCCGUCUGGACACACUGAGUCUGGUCCAGCAUCUGUCCACUUCAGCAGACGUGCAGACGGUGAAGAAGGACAGCAGUGACGAAGUGAAGAAGAUCAUCUGCGAAGAAAAAGACCACGACCACCAGGUGCUGCUCCACAUCGAGGAGAAGCUGUUUGCGUACCUGCACCAGGCGGUUUUCAGAGAGGACAACGGCAGGGCGCUUUUGAAGUUUGACAAAGAAGUCGCAGCCUUUCACGAUGUCAUCAGGGAAGAGGAAAUCAGGUUUCCCCCCAGCUACCCCUACAGUGAAGACUACACUAAACCGGUCCAGUACAUGAACACUCGCUGUCCUGCCUGGUGUGACCGGAUCCUCAUGUCAUACAGCGCCCACGAAUUCAUCCACAGGGGAGAUGACGGAGAAAAGAAAGUCAUUUACAACACAGUGGGUCCUAAUGUCUGCAUGGGAGACCAUAAGCCCGUUUUCCUGUUCUUCUCCCUGAAGACAAAUGGCCACUGACUCAGAUCCUUCUCAAUGACACACACACACACACACACACACACACACACACACACACACACACAGGUAGUCCCCGCCAUGAAGACCUCGUCCACUCACUCUCAGAUCAUAAGUCCGACCGAGGAUCAACUCCUGAAGUGACGAUGGCUUAAAGACGGCAGUGUGCGACCGUGGACCGGCCCCCCUUCACAUGGACAUGUAUGCAAAACAUCCUUUACCUUUUUCCUCUGGUAGUAGUUGCUGUAUUUUUGUUUCUUCUUUUUUUUUUAUCUGCCUUUUUCUUACAGAGAGUUUCAGACAAACCCCGGCCGAGGCAUCACAAAUAAACUCAUCUGUCACUUAGGCACAAAAAAACAUGGGAAAAUAGGGUCAAAUAGGGUUUUAAAAAACAAAAAAACAGAGUCAUCAUUUAAAUCUCUUCAGUCAAUCCGGUUGUUCCAUUAUUAUGAGCCACUAAUAAUAAUGUAAACUAAAAACUAUGAGAUCAAGCAUUGGACCACUCCCACUGACUAUGUGUGUUUGCUUUUAUUUUGUAUUUUAUGCUGUUUUUAGUUCACUUAUUUAUAUUUUGACGUCACUGUAAGCAGGAUUUUAUACCACGAGGAAAACAGUUUAGGAAAGCUGCUAUCUCAGUUUCCUGUCGACAUGCUUGCUGAGAUAUAUAGUAUGUGUAAAACAUAAUAAUAAUAAUUAAGGAUUUCUUUCUGACUUUUUCUUGUAUAGACUUUCUAACAUGAUGACAUAUCACAAUUAACCCAGAAAACUAGACGCACCCUAGCAGCAGUUAAUGUAAUCUGCAGCCAAGGUCUGUUUAGCAACUCUCCAUUGGAAAAAACAGAUUCUGGUCUGGCCAAUCACAUCGUGUAUAGAGUCGGUGGGCGGGGCUUAACAAAAAGACCGCAGAGUUGCGACGGUACAGCGUAAUGAAUUCCCUGCUACUUGGAAACAAGAUGGCUGCUUCUGCUGGAGAACAGCGGCCUGUCCAAUCAGCGUUGGCCGCGACUCUGGAAGACUCGGAGUUAAUUUCUGAAGUCAUUCUUAAAAAAGGAAGUUUGGAGUUUUGAUGAACGGAUACGGCAAAAGUUGAAUCUGUCAGACAGCGCUGCUCUGGUUGGUUGUAGCUCUAUCCUAUUGCGUGCAGAGGGAAUUUGAUAGACAUGCGUUGGUCCCGCCCCUCGGAUUGAGCCCAGCCAAUGGGGAGUUCCUAGACCUGACAUCUUGUUGUGGGUCUGGCUCGUCAGGCUGAAUCAGAAUCACUUCCAGACUUGAUUUUGAUGAAUGAAUGAAUGAAAUAGGACACUAGAUGGUGGAUUAAAGGCCAACAACCUUUUAAAAGCAACGCAUAGCAAAGUGUCUCACCCUGUUGAAUUUAAAGUAAGAUUCUUCCGCUGUUUCCUUUUUUAACUCUAUGUCAAUACCAAGUGCUUUAUUCCACGAGUUAAAAUCACAGACUGUAAAGAUAAGAGACGUAGCAGCAGUGAUUUCACCAGUUGGUUUGGGGACUGCCGUUUUGAAGCCUCGAGUUUGGCAAUUUGCUCGUCGCAAUGUUGUUGUUUUUGUUGUAAACCGAACGCAGUGAUUGUUGACAAGAGGGUGGAGCUGAGGAGGAAGACACGUUCAAGCCAGUGUUGUUUACUGUUAAGCAAAACGCUAGAGAUGGAAAGUUGAAGCGAGUCAUCCAGCGGAGAUUUACCGUCAAGUAAACACAGAUCUCCAGGUACCGCUGCCGUGCAUCUGCAUCUGCAAGUUACCAGCUAACGCUAGUGGUAGCUAUCAGGGUUGGUUGGCAGAACGCUGAACAAUACAUUUUUAGCCAACCAAAAUGUUCCAGUUAACUCUGAAGAAGUGAAAACGCACACUGAGACGGUCAAAUAAAAACACUCAAACACAACCUUAGAUCUGUUCACGGCUUUAAAUUCACUUUUUUAAUCACCAGCCAACAUGGCUUGUAGCCAAUCAGAUUUUCCAUAGAUUAUGAGCGCCGCUGAAUACAUUUAAGUUUCCGUGUUUCUUUAGGAAUAUGUGUUUGGGUUGAUGGCUAAAGAUAAAAAUAUAAAAAUGUACUUUUCUCUUGAAAAUAUCUCCAGGUUUUGUAUUCCUUUCUAACUUAACUUCUUCAUUUCAUCUCCUCUGGUUUGUUUCGUGCCGUUCCGUUUGUUACCAUGCCAAACACACACCAAACCGCCCAAAUAUCUUGCCGGAAAACGGACCAAUCUGGAAACGCUGACUUGUCGGAUUGUUUCAGCAGCCGGCCGAUUCAAACAGACGCUUGGGUUGGCGGUGGUUAAUUUAAAGCCCUGGGUCAAUUUUAAUGUCUGCGGUGUUAGCAUGGUUAGCAUCGCUAAGCCUCUGUCCUGACUGACAGGUCCUAAAGCAUCCCCUACUUUAUUGUCUAUUUUAAAAUAAACGGGACCAUCAUUUACUAAAUGAACGUCAUGCUGUGUUGAAGAAGACUUGAAACUAGCGAUUGAG